AUGGAAUCAAAAAAUGUAACAGCUAACACAAUUCAACGAAAUAAAGUAGUUGAAGAACCAUUUUCAGUUUACCUGCCUGAAUAUGAAACUAUACCGAUUAAAUUCAAGUUACCAGUCGAGCAUUCAUCGGUAGAUAUAGGAGAUGUUCAAAAUUAUAUUCGACAAAAAGCUGAACAAACUUUAAAACAGUAUGGAGACUUUAAAAUUCCACUACCACCAUCAAUUACAGGAAUAAAAGAUACUGAUGUCGUUAGAUUUAGUUCAUUAUUUCAACUACCGACGCUUAAUGAAUUAGAACAAGUGGCUACAGAUCAAAAUGGUUCAACAAAAAAACUGACGGAUUACCAGUUAGAAAGUAUCAAAAAAUUAGGAGAAUUUCAGGUCGAUAGCAACUAUUUUCCAGAUCAAAAACAUCGUUGGAUUUUAAGUGCUUUGUUACAAACAGGAACAGAAAAAGCACAUACAAUAUUCUAUAAAGAAUUAUCGUGGUCAUUGUAUUUGCUUAUAAUAUUUGCGCGUGAUCGAAUUAUUUCAGAUUGUUUUAGUUUAAAAGCGGCUUUUCACUCAUGGAAGCGUGGAUUUGUUACACUGAUUGAUACAUUAAUUGGAUUACCUGCUAAUUAUUCGCAUGGAUUAAAUGAUCAAAUUGAAAGUGAAAGACAGAAAUUUCUUGUUAUAGAACUUUUACCGCAUAAUGACGAACGUGAUAUUCAUCGUGAAUUUUGCGCACAAGUUCCUAUACUAUUACAAUUUCUGGAAGACAAAAAUAAUUACACAUUGAGAAGAGAUCAGAAAAAACCACCAAAGAUGCUACCAUAUCCACAUCAUUUUUUGACUCCAUCAAAUGUUCAUAUUGAUUUUCGUCUUCAUAAUCGAGAUCUUCAGCAAAAAAUUCAAUCUAUUAUUCGUCGAUUACUUGAGAAAAAUAUAUCAAAAACAUGGUUCAAUACAACAAAACGACAACUUUUGAAUGAAUUCAAACAUCAUUCUGAAAAUUCAACACUCUCGAAAGAGAAUUUGGCAAUUAACGUCAAUGAACGUAUAUUACAACUCUAUUUGGAAAAGGUUUUUGAUAUUAUACAACAAUCUGAAGAAAUUGAUGAAUGUUCACCCGGUCUAGGAAAUUUAAUUGUGGCUUAUGUACGUGCAAUAUUAGUAAUGAAACAUGUUGUGAAAUAUCUCAAUGAUAAACUUAAUGAACAUUUAGAAAAUACUAAAAAAGUAUUGAUUAAACAACAUCCAAUUAAAUCGAAAAUAAAACGCUGGUUAGAAGCAAAACUAUUUGAAGCACGAAUAAUAUUUAUUAAAGAACAUGAAUGGGAUACUCAUUUGCGCGCAAUUGAACGAUGCAAAACAUUAGGCAAUCAACAAGCCGCUUAUUUUAUUCAGCGUGAUUUGACAUUUCGAAAAGAUCAUGAACGUGUACUACGUAUGAAUUUAAAAACUAUUAGUCAACCAGUUCGAAUCAUCUACCACACAAGAAUUAUUUGGUUUCCUGCGAAUUGGAUUAUUGAAAAAAUACAUCCAUUACCUGUUCAACAGAUUCCAACAACAUUUGCAUCUAAAACGAUGGAAGCUGUUGAUGAUAAUCCAGAUACAUCUAUGAUUGAUACAGAUCCCGAUACAAUGUAUCAGUUACGAAAAACAGUCAUUUAUGAAACAAUGACAAAAUUUCCAUUUUGGAGAUGGAAAAAUUUUAGUUUGAGAACAUUUUGUUGGUUAUCCAAUAUUUUAAUACCAUUUGCGAGUUCAUUUAGUUUUACAGUUCUAUUUUCUUCGAAAUCAUUCACACCCAAUUACAUAUUGGAACGAAAAGAUCUAAAAUUGCAUGCAGAUACAAAUUCAAAAUAUGAAACAUUUUUAUCUCGUUUAAUAACGAUAUGGACGAAUGUACAACAAUCGCGUGCGAAAUUUGAACGUCCACCGGACAAAGAUAGCGUAUUGCAUUGGUGUACACGAGCUUUAUAUGAUCAGAUAAUGUUUCAUACUAUAAUCAAACGUUUUGCACGAGUACCAGUUCAUGAUACUUUUCUUGCCGUGCGGACUGCUGGUCCUGGUUUUGCAUCUCAAUAUUUCUAUCAGGUAUCACCUCCAGAAGUUUUAGCUGCAUUUGAAGCACUCAUUGAACAAGAAGAAUUAAAAGCGUACUGUUCAUAUAUCGAAAAAAUUUUGAUGGAACCAAUUCAACAAUAUGAUAAAUUCUUUAAUGAAGUAUUUCGUCCAUUUUCUGCAUGUAUCACAAAUUUACCAUCGGAUGAUGAAAAUGUUUAUUCUCAUAUGAUUGCAACGAAAAUGAAAUAUGUCGAAGACUUAAACAAUGUUGUUCAACAACGCAUGCAAAUGUUACGUGUAAAAGUGAACAAAAAUCAUGAUCGAAUACGAUUAACCCAAACUGAUUUAUCCCUUGUGUUGAUCAAAGCAGAACAACUCGUUCAAAAAUGGUAUCCGCAACGUAUUUUACCGUAUCUGCAAACGGAUAUCGAAUCGUUUUGGAAUUCAUACGACCUGGAAAUAGACGACUGGCUUGGUCUUACAAGUAAAUUGUUGCAGCAGUUGUUUUGUGAACAUAUUUUGGUGCCGUUAGAACAAACUGAUGCUCAUUAUAGCUUACAGGCUAAUCAUCGUAGUUUAACCAAAUAUAUCGAUAUGAUCGUCGACAUUAAUAUGCAUGAUGAUCUUGACAGUGUAAAACAAGUUUAUUUACCACAGUCUCAAUUGCAUAUUACGAUGCCAACGUUUGACAUGGAUACAAUCGACCCGAACACUCGCAUUCUGAAUACAUCAUACAAUGACACUAGAAAACAUAAACAUUAUGGUCGCGUGUACAGAUUUUUUAAUCGUCGACCAAAAUAUCUUGAUCAUAAUGAUAAAUACAUAUCUGUUGAUUAUACCUCCGUGUCAUGUCGUUUUUCCACACCAAUUCAUCUUCCCGAAGUGAUUUGUGUCUCUAUUAUUAUUUAUAACCGUGAUAAUUCCGAUAAUACGACAACGUCACUUAAACAUGUUUCACUCGAAAACGUAGUCCAACUGAUUCAUCAUAAUUCUGAAUAUUAUAAAACUCCACUUUUACCUCGAUCUAUAAAUAAAAAUUGGUACGAUGUAAAAGCACCAGCAAAUUUUGAAACACGUACUGUAGGACGAACACUUGUUACACGAACAACAGGAACAAAAAUAGCAUCGGAUGCAUUAAAAGGCCGAGUAUAUGAAGUAUCACUUGGUGAUUUAAUCAAAUUAGAUGAUGAAGAUAGUUACAGAAAAUUUAGAUUAAUUUGUGAAGAAGUACAAGGAAGACAUUGUCUAACAAACUUUCAUGGAAUGGAUAUAACAACUGAUCGUUUGCGUAUGUUAGUGAAAAAAUGGCAAACAUUGAUUGAAGCACAAGCGGACGUUCGAACAUCGGAUGGCUAUUUACUUCGAGUAUUUUGUAUUGGUUUUACAACAAAAAUGCGUCAACAAAUUAAAAAAACAUGUUAUGCUCAACAUACUCAAAUAAAAGCAAUCCGAAAAAAAAUGGUUGAAAUUAUCACACGUGAAAUUGCAGGAAGUGAAUUGAAAGAUGUUGUCAAUAAAUUAAUUCCAAAUAGUAUUGGCGCUGAAAUUGAGAAAGUAUGCCGUAGUAUAUAUCCAUUGCAAAAUGUGAAUAUUCGAAAAGUCAAAGUAGUGAAAAAACCAAAAUUCGAUAUGGCCCGAUUAAUGGAAAUGCAUGGUGAAAGUUAUAGUGGUGCAACAGAUGAAAAAGGCAAAAAAAUUGAACGAUCAGAUGGUUACGAGCCUCCGGUACAAACAACUGUUUAG